UUCAAUCAUUAGUCUUUUCACCAUAGUUGAACUUCCAUAUAUAAUCUCGAUGGAUACACAACGAGUCCCCGAGUAAAUCCAACUGAGUCACUGAGUCGACCUGACCUAGCUAAACUCAACAAUGAGUCGACGCGGUUGUCUGACCCAUUCUCCAUGAUGAGUGGGGGACAGUACCGAUGAAAGGCGCAGUGGGUUAUGGUGGCCAUAUCUGACACAGACAAAAGUGGCGGGCCACUCCUAAGAAUGGGAAAGCUGACAACUUAUGCUCUUUAUAUAGUGCCGGCCCACCCGGGUGAACUCAGUAGUGCAGAAAUGGGAGACUGUAACCAUUUGGUUCUGGCCAAGUUCAAGGAAGGAGUGGUGGUGGAAGACUUGCUCAAAGGGAUGGAGAAGCUGGCCUCUGAGAUGGACACUGUCAAAUCCUUUCAAUGGUACUUCUUCCCUCUCGUUUCUUUUGAUCUGGGACGUUCAUCAGUCGGGUCCCAACAUCGGCUUAUGUUGAAUCACCGACCAACUUCUACGAAGGGAACGCUGAUAGAGUGCCGUAGAAACUUUCGGCACAGUUCCAUGUACGUGUUAAUUUAUGCAUAUGUAUACACUUGCAUGUAUGUAUGAUCAUGGUAUCGUAUGCAGUUUGCUAAAAAUUGCAUAGAUGAUGGAAACGAUUUGGUUUCGAGACUA